AUGGUCGUUAGGUGGCUGCAAAUUGCAAUGCUUGUGUCUGCUAUUGGGAGAUGCUGGUCAGAUCAGCUGUGGAGCAGUCAAGAAGUACCCCACGAACAGGAUGCUCGGCUGACGGCAAGUUACAGAUGGAAAGGAGCAAAUGCUGUUGAAUUCAUCAUGGACCAUGCUGAGAUAUCCAUUGCAUUGGUCCAGGAGAGCAAGAUCAAAUCUAUACUAGCAGUAGUCCCUAAGUGCACAGCCCAUCUUAGAGCCAUUGUUAGUUUCGGAGAUUUUACAAGUGAGAUGAAAACUGAAGCUGAGAAAUUUGGUGUGUCUUGCUUUUCUUGGGAAGAAUUUUCUUCAAUGAUAAAGGAAGGGCUUGGAGGGCGUAUACGCCUCAUGACAGCAGGACCAGCACCUUUGCCAGGGCAAAUCGAAGAGUUCAUGCGGGUAACCAGCUGCAGCAUUGUAGUACAAGGAUAUGGGCUCACUGAGAGUUGUGCAGGAUGCUUCACAUCAAUCGCCAAUGUUUUCUCAAUGAUUGGUACAGUUGGCCCUCCUGUCACAACAAUCGAAGCACGACUGGAGUCUGUCCCUGAAAUGGGCUACGAUGCACUGUCAGACAUGCCGCUUUUGUGCCCAAGUCCUGAUCUAUUGAUCUCUUAG